UCUUUGCGCUCUUUUGCAUUCAAUAAUCUGUAGGAGCGGGAUCGAUGCUUUCGACAAUCACUUAUGGUUUUAAGAGUCAGUUUUCGGUUAUAGGUUAUUCGGGCCUGUAUCCCGGCAUGGGCCCGGAAGUUGUUUGGGGUUUCAGGUAAAAGAUCCCGGAGAUGCUGCCUUCGCCAGAGAAAACAAACGGCGCUUCUGCUGUAUAAAUACUGCAACCACAGUCGAUCGUCAGGGAGCGGGUGUGAGAAUGAAUGCGGACGAUUGCAAUGGCCGUUCUUACAUGUCAGGUAGUGGAGAUUCUUCAACAGAGCGGGAGUUUUUCGCAGGGUUGAGAGGACCCUCAGUGAGCACACCAAACAGUCAACAGUCCUCGCCCAGCCGCUCACUCAGUGCUAACUCCAUCAAGGUGGAGCUGUACAGCGACGAAGAGGCAGGUGGUGCUCCUCUGGCAAAAAGGAGGCUUGAGGAGAAGGAUGAAGGAUGGAAAGAUGAAAAGGUGGACAUGGCAGAAGAUGGGGCGGUGGAGGUGGUUGGAGGUACACGAGGACAGGCUGGAAUUGGUUGCGGAGAGAUGUCCAGCCCUGGACCAGCAUCACCCGGUCCUAUUCGGCUGCCUAAUGGGAAACUUAAAUGUGAUAUUUGUGGGAUGAUCUGCAUUGGACCCAAUGUUCUAAUGGUGCACAAGCGCAGCCAUACAGACUUAGUCUCGGCAGGUGAACGGCCAUUCCAGUGUAACCAGUGUGGCGCGUCCUUCACGCAGAAAGGCAACCUGCUACGCCACAUCAAGCUCCACUCCGGCGAGAAGCCCUUCAAAUGUCCGUUUUGUAACUACGCCUGCCGUCGCCGCGAUGCCCUUACAGGACACCUCCGCACCCACUCCGUGUCUUCUCCCACAGUAGGGAAGCCCUACAAGUGCAGUUACUGUGGCCGCAGCUACAAACAACAGAGCACCCUGGAAGAACACAGAGAACGCUGCCACAGCUACCUACAGAGUCUGGACCACCAGCCACCUCACAAUACCCAGCCUGCACACGGUGAAGAGUCUCAUAAUGUGGAGAUGAUGUCUGAACCUCUGAUCCAGUCCUCCUCGGAAAAGAUGACUUUUAUUGAUCGACUGGCUAACAGCAUCACCAAGAGGAAGAGAUCCACACCCCAGAAGUUUCUGGGUGAAAAGCACAUGCGAAUUAAUUUAUCCGAAGCACCUUAUGAACUCGACCACAAUCCUGAAAAAGAUGGGGACAUGCUGGUCUCGCACACCGAGGGUGACUCCGCUGCUUUGGUGGGCAUGGGAGGGCGUUUCCUCCGGGGGCCGAGAGGAGGAAACGAUUUGCAUCCUUCUCGCUCCCUGCGAAUGCCUCCACACGCUACCUGCCUAUCAGAGUUCACCCCGGUCAUCAGCUCAGUCUACUCUCAUAUAACCCCUCGAGGGCAUCUGAUGAACUGUUCAGGGGGCAUCUCCAUGGGCCUUCCCGGUAGGGAGGCCGGCGAGGGCCACGAGGACGCGCCCUCCAGCCGCAGCCACGCCGCUUCGCCGAGCAAUGGUUACCAAGAUUCGACAGACACUGAAAGCAUGGUGGAGGAGCAGUGUGUUAUCUCCUCAGUGCCGCCCGGAAGCAUGAACCACCGCGGGCGAGAGCGGCACAGUCCUAGUCACGCCAAAGAAAUGGACAUGGAGGGUGACAGGGAUAAAGGGGGUUUGCCAGCCAAGUCGAGUCCAUGCUCGCCGCCGGCACGGGAAGUCAUGCAGGUGGUGGAUGGGGAGGGUAGGCCGGUGCGUUCCUUCCGCUGCGAGCACUGUCGCAUUUUCUUCCUGGACCAUGUCAUGUUCACCAUCCACAUGGGCUGCCACGGCUUCCGCCAGCCCUUCGAGUGCAACAUCUGCGGGCACCGCAGCCAGGACCGCUACGAGUUCUCUUCGCACAUUGUGCGUGGGGAGCACCAGGUGGGCUGAGGGCGGGUUUAUAUUGGGGGGAUGUACAGAUGUAUGCUGCUUUGAGAUGGCGUCAUGGUGGCUAGUUUGGUCUGCACCUGAUUUGGGCACGGCACAUUAGCACUUGCUUUUAUAGUUAGCGGACAUCACCAGAUUUUAUUCAUCUUCAACGUGAUCGUAUCCUGUGUUAGAGGAUUAGAACGGGGGCAAGUUAUAUCCUCUAAUUGCACUCCCACACCGAGUCAUUCAUUGCAAGACGCAACAGUUUUGCUUUAGAAGUGCCUUCCUUCUGUGGGGUUUCUUUUUUAUCAGUUGGGAAGCAAAAUUCGAUGCUUGUUAUGUAGGUGUGAGAUUAGGUUUAUACUCAUCUGAUCAGUGGCGUUUACAUAGAGUCUGCCUCAUGAAGAUAUGAAAACCGUUUGUGAAAUGCUUAGAAGUCCAAAGCCUGGUAGACUGUUUUAACCAGAACGAUUUUCUCAAAAGUUUCAGAGAUAGAUCUAUGCCUAGGAGACAAACUUUGUGCUCUAUUAGGAUACCUCUGUGGGACUGUUGGAAAUAGGCGACUCAGGGAGGGCACUGCUGACAGAGGGAAUCAAAAACAAGCUGCUUAAAUUGCAAAAUUCAAAGGCUGGAAGAAAGGGGUGUGUUGGUAUGUUAGCCAUAUAAGGAGCACAGACACAUAUUGCCUUAAUAGUUGCUUUAUAUGAACCCUGUAUGAGCUGGUUGUUGAAUUGCACAUGGUUUUUAAUGCUGGAGAAUUCAGUAGGUACAAUGCAGCCCAUAUUGCCUGAAUUUGGGUAACUUUAAAAUGUAGACAGUGUGGUACUUUGCAGUUUAGGCUAAGGCUCGGAUAAUGUUAUUGUUUCUCAAGCGUAUGUUAAUGUUUUAUUUAAGGAGAUGAACUUGAAACAUUUUGCCUUAGUUUUUUAGUCUGAAACCUACGUCCUACAAAAGUCAAACCGGUUGGUUUCCUUGUGCCUCAUAUCUUGAUUGUUGUUUCAAACUUGUGUCCAAACAGACCUCACUCAAGGGAUAAGGAGUUCGAUUUUGCCUAUCAAAUUGAGUUUUUUUGUUUUGUAAUAUAAAGUCCCCCCAUCCAUCUUCUGCCAUGAAAUUGUUACGAUGGCCCGGCUUCGUACGUGUGUACACAACGCAGCAGGCCGCAUAUUAUGGUUUUACGAUGUCAAGCACGCAGUGAAGCGCUGAGGGAGAAAAGGCGCCUUGUUGUUCCGGUGCAGACCAAACAGAGACCCAUGUUGCAUUCCGUGACUUUGAUGAGUUGAAGGGGUUGUUACCUCAACAGAGGAUUGCACUUUUUCUAAUUCUGCUUAAAUGUGAGUGUUUUGCCGGGGCUGUUUUGGGUGGGCCGCUGAGGGUGGGGAAUUUUAUUACAUGGCUUUAGGGGCACAGACGGUAAUGACUGGUAACUGAGCUUUGAAACAUAUUCUUUUGUUUUUGGAAAUUGCUCUAUUGCACUGAUUUCUGAUAAAAUGCUAUUUAGAGAAAACAAGAUACAAUUUGAUACAAGAUCACGUUGGUUACAAAGACCAGAUGAAUAGUGUGGUGUUUUUAAAAACUUCUAUAAAGGCUAUUUUCCUAAUGAAAGGGGUCGCUGUCAUUUGAGGAUUAACAACUGACGAUUUCUCAUUGUGUUGUAAAAAUUGGUGCUUGGAUGUUUGUGUGACUUCUGCCCUCGAUAUUGACUUGUAUCCUGUACGCUUGUCCUGUGCGGUUUUGUCCCAUAUGAGUUCACGCAUAAGGUACGCUCAAUCCCCGCCGAGUACGACCUGCUGCUUGUUUUGAAGGAAAGGACUGAUAUAUUGUCGUCGAGUUAUGUACCGUCCUGCCAAGAUAUUGUGGCCUGUUUUAUCGGUGGAUCUUACUUGCACAAACUCAGAGAAUUACGAUAUACAACUAAAGCACCAAUAAGUGAAUUUUGAAGAAUCUCAAAGAUUUAUUUUGUUCGAUCGCUUGUACAUUUCUCACUUUUUUUGUGGUUAAGGAUGUUGUAGCAUGUGCGUAUCGCUUGACCUUGGAGGUGGUCGGAAUCUUGCUUACGUGUAAUCCACUGACCUGGUACUACAUCUUUCGGUUACUUUUAAUAUAGGCCUCUUAAAAAUGUACGCGGUGAAAGCCUACGGGGAACAGUACUAAUUGAAAAUCUAGAACAGACCAAAUCCAGUAUUUACGAAGGUUAGUCAAUGAAUUUGCACCCUUCAUAGACUUUAGAUUUUUUUCUGCAGACGUACAUUUAUUUACUUGAAGUUAUGGCAAAAACCAUAUAUGACACUUAAUGCACUUAAUGGUCAAAAAGAAAUGAUAUAUUAAUUAUAACAUGUGUGUGAAUGGGAGAGGUUGCAUGUGUACUUAUUUGUUGGCUGGGGUUCUGCAACUGUUCUGCUUGUGAAAUAUUAGCUGCAAUUUUCCCUACUUCCUCUAAACCAAACCCAGCUCUUUUCUGCACCAUUUCAUAUUUCUUAUCCCCGAGGUGUGACGAACUCAAACUUUUAUGAACUGUGAAGCAACCUUAAAAAGCAGCAACUGGGAAAGAGAGACCUAGCAUUUUGGGGAAAGGGCAGGGAUCAAACUCUGUCAUACUUGGGCUUUAUCCCUGGGUUCAAUGUUUUUAAAUAUUUUGUGAGAAAAAAUGUAUAUGACAAAGAAAAACUCUUUACCUCAGAUUUGUUAAAAUAUAAAAAACUGCCUCAUGUUCUAUAAAAGGUGUGUUGGUUUCAAGAGGUAUUGUUUAUUUGAUCUUGUUUUUAAGGAGUGUAACCCUACUUUAAGUUGAAGUAAUUUUUCAUGUCCAAUAAAGUAAUAUUUGUUGUAACUUCUGUCCACUUAAAGAUCUACACAUUUCUUUUCUAUCAAGUCUACAAGUUUCUCUAAAUCACAGUCUUAAUAAAAAUCAUCACGUAUGUCUAAGGAGGUCAAAU